UUACGCAAACCCAUUUCAUCACUAGGUUGUUCCAAUUCAGAAGAAUUAGGGUUUAAUCAUUCUCCCCUCCAUUUCUUGUCUUUAGAUAAUGGUUUCAAUGUGCCUGAAACCCUAAUUGUUUCUAAUUCUCAUGAUUCUUGGCGACUAGAAGGUGAAAAAGAUGAAGAUUCUUUUGAGCUUCUUCCAAGACAGAUAACAAAGAUUGAAAAUGGAUUGUCAAUGGAAGCAACUAUAGAUGAUAAUGCUUAUAAGGAACUUGAAGAACUGAGGAAAGCUGUGGUUGAGCUCAAAAGAGAGAAUGUCAUUAAGGAUAGACAAUGUAAGGAAGCGGUUAAGUCUUUACUGGAUGUGCAAAACGAGCUCUUGCGCAAGUCUAUGCACGUCGGUUCGCUUGCUUUCGCUAUUGAGGGACAAGUGAAAGAAAAGAGUUUGUGGUUCUUAUCCUUGAGAGAUUUGCAAAGAAAAGUGAAGAUACUAAAAAUUGAGCAAAUCAGCCUCUCGGAAGAGGCUUUGCAAUAUAAGAAGUGCUUGGAAGAAGAUAUGAACAAUAUGGGUUCCAUCAUUCAAGCCAAAGUGAAUGAGCAAGUACAAUCACAAGAAAAUCUGAAACUCAAAUUCAUGAAAACUGACAAAGAGCGGAAAGAACUUUACAACAAAAUAUUAGAGUUGAAAGGAAAUAUAAGGGUGUUUUGCAGGUGUAGGCCAUUGAACAACGAUGAAACUUCUUCCGGGGCUUCAACGACAGUAGACUUUCGAGCUUCAAAAGACGGGGAGCUAACAGUGAAAUCAAAUGGUCUACCCAAAAAAACAUUCAAAUUUGAUCGUGUAUUCGGCCCUGAAGCAAAUCAAGGUGAUGUAUUUGCAGACACAGCUCCUUUUGCAACCUCAGUCCUUGACGGGUACAAUGUCUGCAUAUUUGCAUAUGGGCAAACAGGAACUGGAAAAACAUUUACCAUGGAGGGUACAGACAAAGCACGAGGAGUCAACUUCAGGACUCUCGAUCAGCUGUUUCAUAUCAUCGAGGAGAGGAAAGAUCGGUUUCGAUACGAAAUUAAUGUAAGCGUCUUAGAGGUAUACAACGAACAGAUAUACGAUUUGCUGGGAGUAACAUCAAAGAGGAGCAGGCUUGAAAUAAGGCAAGUUGGAGAUGGGAUGCAUAAUGUUCCAGGACUUGUGGAAGCUCGAGUUAAGAAUAUAAACGAGGUUUGGGACGUUCUACAGACUGGUAGCAAUGCAAGGGCAGUUGGAUCUACGUAUGCAAAUGAGAGAAGCAGCCGAUCUCAUUGUAUACACUGCGUGAUGGUGAAAGGGGAGAACCUGUUAAACGAAAAAAGCAGCACGAAAAGCAAGCUGUGGCUUGUCGACUUGGCAGGAAGCGAGCGAAUAGCCAAGACAAACGUGCAAAGUGAAAGGCUUAAGGAAACGCAGAAUAUAAAUAGAUCUCUUUCUGCACUUGGAGAUGUUAUAUCUGCUCUUGCAACUAAAAGCUCCCAUAUACCUUUCAGGAAUUCCAAGCUUUCCCACUUGCUCCAAGACUCUUUAGGUGGAGAUUCAAAGACAUUGAUGUUUGUCCAAAUAAGCCCAAACGAGAAUGACUUAAGUGAGACGCUUUGCUCUCUCAACUUCGCGAAUAGGGUGAGGGGAGUAGAGUUGGGUUCUGCAAAGAAACAACUUGACAUCUCAGAGCUCUUCAAAUUCAAACAUAUGGCAGAAAAGAGUAAACUAGACAUAAAGACAAAAGAAUUUCAAAUCAAGAAGCUGGAGGAUACAAUUCACGGUUUUGAUGCAAAACUGAAGGAAAAAGAUUUGAAAAACAAGAGUUUGCAGGAAAAGGUAAAGGAACUAGAAUCGCAAUUUCUGAUAGAGAGAAGACUAGCAAGACAACACGUCGAAUCAAAAAUUGCAGAGCAGCAGCAACAACAACAAAAGCGACAUCAAGAGGAAUCGAAUCAUUUGAUUGAAAUUCAGCCAUUAAGUGAGAGUAACAGAUUACAAGAUUACGAUUUGGGAAUCGGGGGAAAUUCUUUGCUUCCUCCACCUAUAAAGGGUAACGAGAAUGAUGAAGAGACAGAAAACAAUGAAGUUAAACAAAGGGGGCAUAAGAAGAAGAGAUCGUCUCCUAUGGCUCUGCAGCACCAACCGGUGAUGAUGAGAAAGGGAGGAGGGGGCAUAAACGUUAGGAUGGAGAAAGUGAGAGUCUCCAUUGGAAAUCGGGGAAGAUUAUUGGCUCAGAGAGUUUCGCAUAUUAACAACAACAAUGCUGCUAAAAGAGAUAUUCUUCAUCUGAAGCAAAACCAGAGAGGAUGGAAUAUAUGAUCAUCAUCAUCAUCAUUCAGCUCUCAAAUAAAUAGGCAAGUGAAUUUCUUCUUUUCAUUAGAAAUUGAAAACAUUGUGUACAGAAACUAAAAAGGAAAUUAAUUAUUUAUAGGAUUAUGAUAGUGAGAAUCAUCAUCCAUCCAUUCAUCCUCCUACUUGGAUCUUUGAUCAUAUAUGUAGAUAUUUGUUGAAUGACUGAAAAUGUUUCAAAGAUUCCGUUUUCUUGAGUU